AAAUAAUAUUGUUAUGCCAGAGAAAUAAAAUUUUGAUGUAAUAAAGUUUUAAUAAGUUCUUAAAAAUCUAAAGUUCUAAAUUUUUUUAAAGUUUUUUAGUCUAGAGUUUCAAGUUUAAUAUCAUGUUGUCCGGAGAAAAGCAAAUAACGAUGGGAGAGGGGCAGUUCAUUCAAGAACAGGCAAUUACACAGGGAUACCAAGGAAUGAAUGGGGAAGGAGAACCAAAAAUAGAAAAGGAUAAUUCAUGUACUGAAAUGGGAAGUACUAAGAACCCAAAAAAGAUAGUUGUCUGCUCUAUGUGUAAUGGAAAAGGAUACUAUGAAGAAGUUCAAAAGCCUGAAAUAUUCAUUGAUGGUAAGAGGCGAGAAGAAAAUUCAGAAAACAAUGGAAAAUGCUGUCCUCUGCCAUCUAUAUCACAACCCCGUCCCCAUUACCAGUUGGAACAGCUGUUUAAAGCAAAUGAUGGCAAAGCACUCAGUAGAAUGUCAGAUUCUGUGAUUGCAUCGACUGUUUCAAAACCAGUGGCAAGACUUCCCCCAGUACACGUGCCUAACUCUAUGGGAAGACUAUCUUCAACUAAACAUUCCAAGAGCAAUAUAACCGCUCAUAUGGGUAAUCUCCUACUGACUACAAAACAGCUUGACAAACAUCCGGAAGAUGUUGCAAGGCUGGCUGCCAUUAAACUCAACAGGAGCGACUGGCAGACAAAGAAAGCAGGUUUGGAGGAAUGCCUCCAACUAGCACACUCAUAUCCAGAUGAGUUGGAGCCCCACAUGAGCCUCGUGUACCGAGCAAUCAGCUGUCUGCUUCAUGGCCACCGCCCGCACAUCACCAUGUUUGCUUGCCAAGCAUCACGCGAGUUCUUCGCACACAUGCGCUCAACUUGCCGGCCGGAAUUUGAUGAAAUUGUUCAUUCACUACUGGCCCGAACAGCUGACAGUAAUAAAGAAAUCAGACUGUACGCCAAUGACGCCUUAGAUAAAAUGGUCACAUACAUUCAGACAACACAAGCAGUGCGGCCGAUUGUGGACAAAGGACCAAUACAUAACAACCCACUAGUGCGGACAGCAACGGCAAGGCUCUUAUCUUGUGUUGUAGCUCUGAAAACUCCAAACACAAUUCUGACUCACCCACACUUGAGGGAUACGUGCAAACGAAUCAUUGAAACUGGGGCACUGCUGCUGGCAGACAGCAACAUUAAUGUCAGGUCUGAAGCAAAAUUAUUGAUAUCUCGGUUUAUGAAUGAAGAGGAGUUUGAAAGUGUUUACUAUGCAGAAGUUGGUGAAAAACUAAGAAAAAGAGUGCAGAGUACUUUUAUUGAUAUCAAAACAAAGAUGCAAGCUUUGGACUGACAUUUGUGAACACUGAACUGGAACAAUAUCAGUCGUGAUGGUGGAUAUUUUACAAAUUUAUAUAUUGUAAAGCAAAUAAAUAAAUAUCUGGUGAAAAACUGGAAAAUUCAAAAUGCUAA